AGAAAGUGUGGAAAGAGAUGAGUGACGGACCGGCUUUCGAGAUCCCCCAUGUCCUCCGAUUGUGCUACGAUUGUUGACGUGUCUGGUGGCGACAAGAUGAGGCGGUUUCUUUCACGCCGUCCGAGUCUUCGCCUGUUGGCCGCUCCUAUACUUUUGCUAGCCGCUUUCACCGUGGUCGGCCUGAUGACCGAUUGGAUCGACUGGAACACGAGUAAGAAUUGCGGCGUCGACAAAUCGUCGCUUUCAUCUGCCAAAUUCAAUAGCCAAAGAGGCAGCGUUCGUCAGCGCGAUGAGGCCGCAUCGAGUGGCGCAAUGGCGCACUGGCGGCAAGAUUCCGAUCAAGCUUACGCAAGGUCCAUGAACGAGUCGUCGUUUUCAUCGUCUCGGCCCGAUGUCUGCCGAAGCGUGACUGCCUCUCGCGCCGAUAUCGACACUAUGGAUGUCUACCCUACACUCAAUUUCCAGCCGGAAUACAUGCGCAGGAGGGAUUUUUGGGACUCGUCGCUAGAAAAACGCUACAACGAAUACAAGAAGGAUAAGACUCGCCCUGCUCUCAAGGUUGUAGUGUUGCCUCAUUCGCACGUCGACCCCGGCUGGUUGAAAACAUUUGAAAACUAUUACGCCCAGACGACGCAUUCGAUUCUGGAUAAUUUGGUGGCCAAGUUAACUCAGCACAAGAACAUGACAUUCAUCUGGACGGAAAUAGCGUACUUUGCCCUUUGGUGGGAAAGCGCGUUGCCAGCGAAAAAACGUCAGAUUCAAAAGCUGGUGGAGGAAGGGCGACUUGAAUUCACAUCAGGCACUUGGGUCAUGGUGGACGAAGCCACUCCUCACCUUUACAGUAUGCUCGAUCAAAUGAUUGAAGGCCAUCAGUGGCUCAAAUCCCGUCUGGGCGUGUCUCCCAAGUCGGCCUGGACAGUCGAUCCUUUCGGUCACGGCCCGGUGGCACCUUACCUCCUGCACGCAGCGGGACUACAAAACACGGUCGUGCAACGUAUCCACUACGGAUGGAAGCGCUGGAUGGCUGACCGACAAGUGAGCGAUUUCUAUUGGAAACUGCCGUGGGAGAGUGCAGGUCAAGAUUCGAUAUUGUGUCACAACUUCCCGUACGACAUCUACACGACAAAACAUUCGUGCGGACCCAACCCAAAAACGUGCUUGGGAUACGAUUUCCGCAACGUCCGCGGUGAAUACAACGAAUUUACAAUGAACUCGGCGCCCAUCACGCGAACAAACAUUCAAACUAAAGCGGAGGUGCUGCUGGAGCAGUACGCCAAAACGGGCUCGCUGACGCGUCACAAUAUCGUGCUGGCUCUUGUGGGAGACGACUUUCGUUACGAUCACGAUAUCGAAUGGGACCAGCAGUACACCAAUUAUCAGAACCUCUUUAACUACAUCAACGCCAGGAAGGACGUCUACCAGACAGAGAUUGGAUUCGGGACACUCACCGAUUACUUUGAAGCGGUGCGAGGUCGAGUGGACAAUUUCCCAACUGUCAAAGGUGAUUUCUUUCCAUACGCCGACAUUUUCAGUGAAGGACGGCCCGCGUACUGGACCGGUUAUUUCACAUCGCGACCUUACUACAAAAUGUUGGCUCGUGAACUGGAAGAUCGACUCAGAGGAGCGGAGAUUCUCUACACUGUGGCCCUCAACCGAGCGAGACAGAACGCGUUACGAUUUCCAACGGCCAGACGUGUAAUGGAUCACAAGUAUGGCGCGUUGGUUCAAGCAAGAAGAUGGCUGGCCCUUUUCCAACAUCACGAUGCCAUCACCGGCACGAGUAAAACGGCUGUCAUGCAGGAUUACGGCCAGAAACUGUUCCAGGCGUUGAAGGACGCGGCCAAUAUCGCAUCGAGCAGUGCGUCCAUCCUCAUGUCGGCCGACGAUGACGAGUGGAAGCGUUUCCGUCUUUUGCCUUCUCUUCGGCGGCCUACUUAUGACAAGCUGGCCCAAAAGACGACACUCGAUUUGGCGGGAACGGACCAGAUGGAAAAGACGGUCGUCUUGUACAACUCGGAGGCUCACCAUCGCGACGAAAUGGUACGGCUCAAGACGAGCUGGCCUUAUGUCCGGGUACUGGAUCCUGAAGGGCAUAAAGUCCGGCACCAACUGAACCCCGUGUGGACUCUUCAACAUCACCAACGACUUGAACACGCUCCAGAAACUUUCCAACUGGUUUUCAUAGCUUCUUUGGCGCCGCUAUCUCUGACGGCCUUCCGCAUCCAAAGGAUGCACACGCCGACCGACUCCAACAACAUCAAGACGCUCGUCUACAGCACGUUUGAUAACACGACAUUGAACGGGCCAUUCAAAUCACAGCGGCUGGAACAAUUGGUCGACAUCCAAGUUGAAAAUCGCAAGAUCAAAUUGCUUUUCGACGGUCAAUCAGGUUUCCUGAAAUCCAUCCGAUCAAAGGUCACCGAUCGUGUGACUCCAUGCGCCAUGCAAUUCGCUGCAUAUCCUUCGAGCAUGUUCCAUAGCGGGGCUUACCUUUUCAUGCCCGAUGCGAAUGCAAUCGAUCCGCAAAUUGAUGUCUUGAAAGGGUUCAACGGCAAGCCUCAGAUUUUCAUCAUUAGUGGACCUGUCAUGUCGGAAGUGUCCGUUGUUUACAGCCAGCUUCUUGUCCACUCGACCAUCAUUUUCCACAAAAAGUUGGAAGAUCUCAUCUGGAUGGAAACGACAUUGGAUAUGGGACCAGCACCCAAUUUUAGAGAGCACGAAUUCUUCAUCCGGUUCAAAACAGGACUGCAAAAUGUUGACCCCGUUAACGGCACGGCGGAAUUCUUUACUGAUCAGAACGGAUUUGCCUUCGCCCGGCGAGUUCGUCACAGUGCACUGGGCGUGGAGGCCAAUUACUAUCCGAUCACUAGCGCCGCAUUCAUUCAGGACGAAACGCAGCGGCUGAACGUGUUGGUCAACAGCGCUAAAGGCUUUACUUCUCUCGAAAAAGGGUGGAUGGAAUUCAUGUUGGACCGUCGAACCAUCCACGAUGAUGGCAGAGGAAUGGGAGAAGGAAUGACGGAUAACCUUCCAAUAAUAACACCCUUUGUCUUAAUGCUGGAGGAUAGAAAAGGCACUGGCGACGAGGUGAAGAAAUUAAGUCUUCCGGCUACAUUCGCCUCGUCAAGAUUGAUGUAUCCAGCUGCAGCCUUCAUUGUUGAUGCCGAUGAAGCGGAACAGGCCGAUUUUAUCGCGAGGACACGGGUAUUAUUCCUAAAUCAGCCCUUGCCUUGCAAUAUCCAUAUGGUCGGUCUACGAACGCUUUCUGAACCCGGAUUGGCGGAAGCCGAACUACCAUCAAACUCGGCGUUACUAACUCUUCACAAUCGGGCCAUCGAUUGUUCCAUAACAAACGAUUUAGCUUUGUGCGGUGCGGUUGAUCCAGAGGAUCGGGUCUUCUAUCCGGGGACAUCUUUCAUCGGACUGGAACUCGACAAGGUGGAGCGCACUUCCCUUACUGGGCUCCAAACGACAGGCCCGGUUGAUUUCGAUUCUGCCCGCCUUCCUCUGAUGGAACUGGGCUCUUUUAACCUCACUUUUGUUUGAGGCGAAAAUGUUUUCUUAGUCAAACGAUCUGCAAUAUUCACCCAAUGAACGAUAAUAAUAAAUACAUUUGAAGUAUACGAUCACAA